AUGUGGCAGGGCAAGCGUAAGCUCUUCAUUAAGCAUUCGGUAUCAUCCCUGUUUCUUUUCAUCCGAACGAGAUCUCGACAUUCGAUCUCCCCACCCCAUUACAUGUCGACCCUCACCCCUCACCCCUCACGCACCCCGCUCCCCGCACACCUCGCAUCUCCAUCCUUCGAAAAGCCAUCGACGCAUUUCUGCGCGCCCCGAACCCCAAUCCUACCCCUUCUAUCCCUCGACCUCAUCCACAACACAACAACAUUCCAGCUUUCUCCCCCGCCGUCCCCAUCCCCACCCACCAUGUCGAAAGUACCCGAAAUGCAAGAAGUCUCGAGUCUCUUCGCUGCUGCACGAGCUGUGGAUACAGAAACAGAACUUCCGCCUCCACCAUACGCGCCCGCCUCUCUCCCUCGAACGCAAAACCCCGGGUUCUGCGCACACGCCUUUUCCGAGCGCGCCGCAAACAGCGUCCCCGGCGGCGGUCGCACCGGCACGCAGUAUUUCGAAGCCUGUCCAUGCGGCUUCAUCGUAUCCGACUCGAUCCCCGCGAGUUAUAAAGAAGGGUGGCCUGGCUGGAUUGAUCCCUCGGUCAACUAUCGCUGGGAGAGUCACUUACCGCCCUCGAAUUUCACAUCCACAAGCACAAGCAGCAAAAAACUGGACCUGGAGGAAGGAGGGGGGAGAGACUGGGCUGCUGGAUCUGCUUUGAGUAUGAUGGGGUGUGGAAGGGCGGGAUGGGCGUCGAGGAGUGGUAUGCGCAUUUCAGGGGCCAUGUGA